ACCAUCCGUCCGCCGGGGCCAACCAGCGACGCGACCGCGUUGGCCCCGUCUCGCCCGCACCCGCACCGUAUUUUAUUCGCGAAAAGGCACCCCUGGGGCAGGGAGGGAGGCCAUCCAUGUUGCGUGUUGUUUAGACGCGCCAAAAGGCAGAAAGGCCGCGGCAGCGGAGGUAGGCCGUAGGCACAAGCACAACACACGAUCCCCCCACCCGGCAAGGAAGGCGAUCUCCGCUCCCAAGGCUCUUGCCCGCCCCGCGGCCCCCGAAAGAUCUUCUCCGGGCUAGCUGGUAGCGAUGAGCUGCGGGGGGCAGGCCGGCGGGUGGCUGCUGGACUACGGGCUCGUGGAGGAGGAGAUCCAGGGGUCGGAGUUCAUCUACAUGGUGGACGACCCGGCCGUCUCCAGCGUCAUACUGGGGUUCGAUGCUCCCAGGAAGGAGGACGGCGUCCAGGACAACUCCGGCCCCAAGAAAAGAUCCCGGCCAGAGUCCAGCGCACCACCCGGCACCAAGGCUUGCCGUGAAAAGCUCCGGCGAGACAAGCUCAACGAAAGGUUCAAUGAGCUUUGUGCCGUCUUGGAGCCCGGGAAGCCACCAAAGGCUGACAAAGUCGCCAUUCUAAGCGAUGCUGCGCGCCUCCUGAGCCAGCUGCGUGCCGAGGCUCAGAAGCUCAAGAAAUCAAACGAAUCACUCCAGGACUCCAUCAAGAGCCUCAAGGCUGAGAAGUCUGAACUGCGAGACGAGAAGACGAGGCUGAAGGCCGAGAGGGAGAGGCUGGAGCAGAUGCUCAAGGGCGUCAGCGCCGCAGCCGCCGCUCCGGCGCAGUUCGUCACUCACCCCGCCGCAGCUGCUGCCCCGUCGUUCCACCCGGCGGCGUUUGCUCACGCUGGCAAGUUCGUCCCGUACACCAGCUACCCGCCGCCUGCCGCAUUCUGGCAGUGGAUACCGCCGACGUCCCUUGACACGUCCAAGGACCCGGCGCACUGGCCGCCCGUCGCGUAAUCAACUGGUCAUGGCAUCAUUGAUCGGUGAUGCAUUGCCUCGUGUAUUGAGCUUGCUCGUGGUGUAGAAUUUGACCAAAGCAUGCCUGAAGAAAAACUUCAGGUGCUGAUUGUGUAGAAGUUUUUAUGAUUGUGCCUUGGAUAAUGAUCAAAAGUAACCAGAUAUAAUAGUCCGGUGAUCAUUGCCAAUUGGAGCAGUCUAUGUAACAGCCCCAAUGUUAAAGUAAUGGAGGUGAUAUCAUUAAACCA